UCCAACAACUCCUCCUCAACAACCAACUCCUCCGCCUUCUCCAACUCCGGAAGAAGAAAAGGAAAAAAUUUGGGGAAGACUAUGCCGAACUAAAACUAAUUCAACAAGAAGGAAGAAAAAAGAUUGUGGAAAAUAG